UUUAUUUUGCUUUUUUUUUUCCUGCUUUAAUAAAAAUAAGAAUAAAAAUGGCUCUUCGUAUUGCUCCCGAAUCACAUCCUGAAAAGGUUAUGAGUACCCUAAACACGACUCAUUCAGAAUAUGGUGGUCAUGAUGCAUUACGUUAUGGUACUCGUUCCAUUAAAGCUGAAGUUUUAUCCGGUCAUCCUCUCGAAAACAGAUUGAAUCAAUGGGAAGAGACACAAUGGGAAUUAAAGUUAAAUUUGGCACGUCAAGCUUAUGGUAUGCAUGCACCAAUCAAAAUGAUGAUGGAAAAAAGCAUUGUUGAAAAGCGUCAACGUAUGCCUGUUAUUCCCUCUUCAAACCUACAUUUAGAUAUUUUAAUGGGUAAAGACGAAACAAUUGAUUAUGAAGAUUUCCUUAAUGAUCCUGCCAUGUCAACCGACUCGAUCGACAUUCAUACAGCUAUGGAACAUAAACUUAAUUUGAAAGUGUAAAAACACAAUUAUUAUUUUUUUUUUUCAAGACAAGAAUAAAAAUUG